AUGCUAGGAGAGACUACUAAUGAUCGUGUGCCUGCCCUGAAGUGUUGCGACGGCGACGACGAUCUAGUACUGACAGAAGAAACGCGGGCGAUGUCGAGCUUCGACCCGCGCUCACCAGGUUUUGGCACGACGACAUAUUCGUCUAUCUCUGAUUCUGAUUCUGAUACCCCUCGCGCAUCUACAGACUCAUCCGCUUCACCAGGCCUCCUCCGACGCGUUGCUUUUAGUCCUCCCCCCUCUCCCUCUGACCGCAGCUACGAUGGCCAUGGUUACGAUGACAGUUUUGCAGAACACGCUGAAGUCGAAGCAGCUCUAACAGAACUUGACCUUGACGCUGAGAUCAAUGCUACUCAGGACGCUGUCUCCCAAUGGUCAUCUUCCCGGCCAUCCUACACGUCAUUCACUACAUCUACUCCGUACACCUGGUACAGGUUCUCACACUGGCACGUCGGAGUACCACCGGGUACACCUCGACUGGAUACGGCUAUACCACAGGAUUUACUUCGACCGGAUACGGAUAUACCACAGGGACAGGGGACAGGGGCGUAUACCACCACGGGAUACACCACUUCCCGCCCCUCCUCUCCCGCUAAAAGCAGAUCUUCAGAUUCACGCUCCACAGUCUCGACUUCUUCAGGUGGAGGUGGGACCGACCUCAGCUUGUCGAGUUUGUUAAGUCCGCCAGUGCGCGGGUUUGGCACGCCUACUGGGACGUUCAGUGGCAGUGGAACAGUGACGGCGACAGCGAACCUGACAGGGAGGACACAACUAAGCCCGAGCGAUUUUGCGAGUACGUUUUCGAGUGCCUUUGGGGUUGCUAGGGGGAGACAUGAUGACACCACGCCCACGCGCCAAACUCAGACCGCUCUGCGUCGCAGCACCGCUCCUCAGAAUGAGACCAACACGAGCCCCAGGAGCCCCUUGACGAGCGUGCGGAACAUCGUAGCGGCGUGGAAGGAACGCACGCCAGGGAUAGGGAAAGCGAAGAGUGAGAGCAGUGAAGGCGGGAGCGCGAUGUCUCCGGCUCCAGUACCAAAGAUGGAGGGUUUGUUCUCCCUUCGCAGACGCGCGUCGCGUCAGGGACCGCGUGGACAACUGCCGGUGACGCCUGACAGGAAUGUUGGAAUGGGCAACGUACACGGAGGCAAUAACAGGAACAGGGAAAACGAAGGAAUAUCGGGCAAUGGAAACAAUGUACCGAGGAGGAGAGUGAGCUCCGCGAGCAGCCUCAUACCACCGCCUUUUGAUAUGACUGAUCUGGGGUCAAGGGAGAAUCGGCAGCCCAUCCGCAUAGGCACCCUCUGGUAUCUCAAUGUUCACUCCCCAACACCAUACCGUUGGGUAAAAUGCUCUGCACUGCUCUACCCGCACGUGCUUAUUCUUUCUUGGAGCGCUCCUGGAGGCGGCCGGGGUGUAGUGAGCUUGGAUUUGAUCAAUUGUACAGAAGUAAGGAGUACCCCUGGUUUUACGCAUCCUGGAGCGAGAGGCGAUGUUGGGGGAGUGAGCGCGGCAGCGCAGGUGACUGAUGAUGGCGUGAGCCUAUUGGAAGUGUUGUGUCCAUUCCAGUUGUUGUAUGGCGAUGGUGUCGAGCGACUUGCGGCGGAGAGCGCGAGGGAGAGAGUAAGAUGGGGAAGCACUGGACCGCUCCUUAUCGCUCCCAAGCCGCUCCCAAUCUGGUUCUCCCACAGGCAGCAUAGGCACCAUUCUUUCCAUUACCUCUACCACAUCCACCUCUGCCGGGAGCAGGAGUACAGUCUUCGUGCCCCCCCUGCAUACGAUCCCGAAGUGCCAAGUGUGGGUGGCCAUGGACUCACCAGAACCACGGAUGAUACAUCGUACCUGUACCCCUCUGACCCGCGCAUCAUCGCUCCAUCCCGAUCGUCAUCCUUGCGCCGCACUUCAUCUCUUACAGAUCUCGACGAGGAGUUCGCUAGUGCUGUAUCGCGUGCUCGUUCUGCCAAGCCCGGUCUAGGCUUUGGGUUGAGCUUGGUCAACGACGCCUUCAGUUCAGAGAGUGGUGGGAUACUGGGUGUGGGAGAGGGAAGCCCUGUGACAGUGAGCAGUGGCCCUAGAUUGGGAAGCGAUGUUCGAGUCACCCCGCCUCCUACUGGGAAGAUCAGGAACCGAGUGCUCAGUGUCAGUGAGGAGGAGUUCUUCAGCGCUGGCUCACGCACCUCCAGCGCGCCUGGCUCUCGGUUCGACUCGGACUUUUACUCGGCAGACAGUUCUAGGACGACUAGCAGCGGGAAUGGCAGCGGUGGCCGAACAACGACAGGCUUAGUGACAGACGAGACGGCAUUUGAGUUCACGAGCGGCGGGUCGAAUACGCAGAUCGUGCCGAGCACUCUGAGCUAUAGACGCACGGAGAGUAAUUCGUACCUUGGAGACUCGCAUGACGGGAGCGGGAGCUAUACGCCUUACACGUCGAGCGAUGGGCGUUCGCGGACACCGUUCUCGUCGAGCGAUGGGAGGUCAAGAACACCGUACACCUAUUCCUCUAGUGGGUACACGAGCAGCACGCCCUAUACAUAUACGAGUGGCAGUUAUGCCCCUACCCCCAGUUCGCCAUCUCUAUCUCGUACUCCUGAGGUUCGGAGACGGCGGUAUGGUGCAUACUCUACAAGCGAGGAACCCUCUGACAGGGAACACUCUACGACAACGAGGUCGACGCUGAGCGGAUGGACAAGGAGCCGGACACCCACGACGGCGACAGAAGGAUUUUUAGCCGUGGAGGAGAAAGACAGCAGUGGGAGCGAGGGGUACACCACAGCGCACGCCUCACCUAGCCCGAGCACUGCGUCGUUCAAGAGCCUGCCAACGAUCCCGAGCGAGUCAGACUAUCAAACAUUGGACACGUGCAAAACCUGCGUGAGCACAGAAUUCGUAACUGCUGAGCGAUGCGUGAGCGACAUAGAGACAGAGUAUGUCACAGCGGAGAAGUGCAAGACCGAGACCGAGACGGAUUUCUGGACAGCAGAGGUGUGUAAGAGCGACAAGGAGGAGACGCAGUAUGAGACGGCGAGCGUUUGUAUUACGAUCCCCAGCGAAGAGGGGUUGAGUACGCCGAGGUCGGGACUGGUUAUGGAACUCCCCCUUGCUGAGGAGCCCAUUUACUUGCACGAGGAAGAGGAAGAGGAAGAGGAAGAGGAAGAGGAAGUGGAAAUGGAAGAGGAAGUCGAAGUGGAAGUCGAUUUGCCGCCCACACCCCCGCCGAAGUCACCCAGCGUAGUUCCAAGUAUUGUUUCUGAGGAACCAGCGGUGGAGAUAUCGAUCACGCCUGAGGCUGUCACCGCGCAGGAAGAGAUUACCGAGGAUGAGAGCCUGCUGGAGAGCGCUCCACCUACUCCCGAGGCUCUCGAGACGCAAGCGCCCAUUAGCUUCCACACCGACUCGUCGGUAUCGUAUUCGCUGACCGAGAGCGAGCUGGGCCCCACGCAGCCAGACCUUGAUGAGUCCAUCUCGAGCUUGACAGAGUCGAGCGAGCCCCUCGUCACCGCGACACCUCGAACCGAACAGACUCCAGCUCUUUCGAUUUCUGAUCAUGAUGAGGCAAUCACGCCAUCUGUCCACCCUUCCCAAUGGCCUUCAGAGACGGACAUCUCGUUUGAUUCUUCUGCACUGCAGCCCACCCCUAGUGCGCAGAGCGUCGCAUUGCAGGAAGGCAUCGAUGGGAGCUUUGAGACGUCAUUUAUGCGCCCGAGCGUAUCGCCGCUGAGCAGUGUCGCGAGGCUGACGCCUAUCACGGACACGGUAUCUUCACUUACAUCGUCUCCUAUGCAGAUGCUUCACCCAUCAGAGGUUGUGUCUUCGCCCUCCAGUGGACCUACCCCACUGACGAUGUCGACGAGUGCGUCAAGUUCCUUGUCGAGGACUGCGUCCACCGUCAGUGGUGUGUCAAGCAUCGCAAUUGAGGUGGAGGACGAGGAUGCAGUUAGUGUGAGAGCUGUCAGUGACAUUUCGACGGUGCCGUCUUUGCUUUCGACGAGAAGUGAGCAGUCAGUGCGAUAUAUGCCAACACCCUCCCCCUUGCCGUGGAACGUGCCUCUCCCACAAUCCCCUGCCCCUCCUUCGGUGUCGAUGAGUGUGAGUAUGACUACACCACAUGACGAUAUUCCUUCCAUCCAUUCUGUCCUCGAAACGGAACACACGCACACGCACAUCGAGCAAACCAUUACGCAUGAUAUUGACCGUCUUCUUCAUCACAUCCACGAAAUCGACCAGUUCCGCGGGCAGGAGACGCAAGAAAUAUCAGAAAAUGUGCGUGCUAUCCGGGACGAACUGUAUGAUUUGUCCGAGUACGUCCGUACGAGGCUCGUCGUAGGGAGAUCGCCACCCGUGCCAACCAGAGACAUGUCUGUCGGGGGCAGCAGUGUGCUCUCGACGCCCAGAGUAACUGUCCCCAGUGGCCCAAGGCCGCAGAGGCUGGGUAUCACCCUUGUCGAGAUGUCCCCACCCCCUGUGCACCCCUCCUCCCCAAGUUCGCUUAGUUCAGGCAUGUCAUUCUUGUCUUCGCAUCAUUCGGACGACGACUUGAGUCUGUUGGAGACGGAGUUGGAAGUGGAGACCGUGGAGAGGUCGUAUUCCAUUUCGAGGGAGCCAUCUUGGCCCUCGUCGUCGUCCUCAUCUUCAUCAUCAAUUACGCCAUCCGAGAUUUCUUCCAGCGAACCGUCCCCUGGACCCAGCUUAUCGGCAACGUCUUCGUCAUCGCCGACGCCUCCACCUUCGUCACCUACACCUUCGACAGCAUCGGCCGCCACCGUGCGGCAGCGCGAUAGCAUUACGAUUGAGACGCUGAGAGACAUGUUAACCUCAUUGAGAGAGCAGACAACCGCCCUUUGGGAGGGCCAGGUCUCAACAAACCAUAUGCUGGACGAGUUGCGCGAGACACGUGCAGGUCCUCUUGACACUACGGAGUUCAACGAGCGGCUUCAGACUGUUGAAGUUCUUUUGCGUCAGCUCAUCGAUAGACAGGUCGAGACUGAACGACCAGUCCCCAUCCAGCCGCCAUCAGAAUCCAUUUCCGAGCUUGGUACUGAUCCAGAUGCAGAGGAUUUCCAGCUGCGCUGGCAGGAAUGGACGCGGCUCCUGAGGGACCGCGUUCCUCUUGCACAACCUCAGCCGCGCAGAGCUCGCGGAAACCUCGAUGAUGAGCUGCUUGCGUUAUUGCAGGCACCUUCGUCUCAAGUGCCUAUAGGCGUUCAGCCGCCUCCAGCGUUAAUCCCCUUCGCUUACCAACCUGCGGCACGCCCUCCAAGGUCAAGGAGUACUAGUCCCAUAGCACGGCCCGCGACGUUCCCCAGUCGCACAGAACCGGUGGUGUUCUCGCCCGAGAUUCAACAUAGACCCAUCGAUCGCAGUAGCCGUCGUCGCCAUGCACCGUUUCGCCGGACACCCGUGCCUGCAACUAUGGAAGAGCCUGAAAUGCCGCCUGUGUCUAGGCCACAUCCUCAACCACCUGUAGUACCACCACCCGGGGUCUUUUCCGAUCCUGCACGCACACGCCCACUUACUAGUAUCCCCCCUCCUGAACCUAUUAACUUGCACGGAAGACCUCCGAGCGCACCAGCUAACCUUGAACCCAGUGACGACACUCGCGACCCUCAAAGCUGGUACCGUCCCCCCAGAGCAGGAGGCUUGGGUGUGCCUCCUCCGCCCAGUAUCCCUGGCCAGCAAGGCGGUCGCCAAUACGUGCCAAUGCCUCCGGGACCAACCGUAGUGCAGAUGCCACUCUUUGACACAUUGAUGAACAUUCUUCGGGAACAUCGUCUCGCGCAACUUGCGACAGUGGACCAACAACGAGAAUUGAUGAGGUAUAUGAGAGGUCUAAAUGAAUGGCUCGAAAGGGAUGUCCAGGACCGUCAAGCAGAACUACGGGGAGUAACCGCUCGUGUCGAUGAGCUCAGAAAUGAUCUUGCACGACUGGGAUUGGGGAUGCAGCCCGGCGUCCAACCAGGUUUGCAUCCAACUAUGCAAAUGCCGCAACCUCAAGUCGCUAUGCCCCACGCCGUGAUUCCUGGUGGACCUGUCGUUCCUCCACCCAUUCUUGGUCCCGGACCUCCUCUUGGAUUCGUCCCCCAGCCUCCACUAGAGCCCCCUGUCAUCCCUGCUUAUGAUGGUUCUCCUCAGCCAGACCAAUAUAGUCCUUUCAUACCCGAUGAACCUCGAUGGCCCAGGCAGGACAUGCCACGACCUUACCCUUACCCUGCAGGUGCGCAAGGUCCAGUAGUCCCGGGCCCGGGUGGUUACGACGAAUAUCAACAACGUCCCGCUCAGUAUGAGGAUCGCCCUCACGAUGAAGAUGAAGGGAUUAUUCCUACAAGUCCUCAUUCGAGGUCUGAUGAUGGUGAUGCUCGACACAGUUAUGACGGGGGAAGCGACGCCAGCUCGGGUACCCAACAUACUUAUGUGCAGCCUCGUGUACAUCAUCCUGCAGAGGGUGUGGUGUACGUAGCGCCAAGUCAUCAAGAAGGUAUCCCCGCCGUAGUACAGUCCGGGGAGUACACAUCAGGCCAUGGAAGCCCUCAGCCUCAACACAUCAACAUCAACAUUCCUCCACAACAGGCUCCAUUCCCUCCUCCAGUAGGUAUGGCAGAUCAGCAUGUGCCGAUGCAGGCCCCUCAGUAUGGAGGCGCUGUGCAACCACCGCCAGGUAUAGUGAUGCCAGGCCUUGGGCAACCGCCGGGCAUGAUGAUGCCAGGGUCUGGUACCGGACCACCCUUGAUAAUUCACCCACCUCCCCAGGGGCCGGAAGUAGUUGAAGCCCCCGGCACCAUUCGCCUGGCCCUAUCGUACUACAAUCACCGUCUCGUAUUGAAUAUGUCGAAAGAUCUCCCACCCACCAUCCAAUUCCUAUCGAUGUCAUUAGCCAGCCGCCAGCAAUCGUGGUGCCUGGUACCCAAGGACAUGUUUCUCGUUCGCGUUCACGGUCACCUCAUGGACGCUAUCAUGGCAGAUCCCCUUCAUACGACGAUCCUCGUUAUCGACGAAGAUAUCAUCGACAUCCCGACUCUCCUGAUUAUUACCCAAGACGUGGGUAUGGCCGUCGACGAAGUCGAUCCUACUCGCCUGACCGUCGCCACCGUCGCGAUUAUUAUGAUGACUAUUCUCCCGACCGUCACUAUGGGCGGAGACGACCGCAUGGUGACUCGUACUCGCGAACGCCAUCGCCGCGGGGGCAUAGGGAUGAUGACCGCCCCCGUCGCCGCCUCCACCGCCGCAGACACCCUGAUUCACGCUCUCCUACACGUACAGAAGAAGGGGACCCAGGACACGAACGCAGUCAUGGCAGACGUCCAAGGGAUGAAGAGGACGCCCCUCACCGCAGAACUCCCACUUAUGACGAUGACGAUCCCUCACGCCCUGGACCAUCUCGCAGAACUCCCACUUAUGACGAUGACGAUCACUCACGCCCUGGACCAUCUCGCAGAACUCCCUCUUACAGAACUCCUUCUCACAGAACUCCUUCUCACAGAACUCCCACUGAAUUUGAGGAAGCGGAUGCACCCAGGUAUCCCUGGUUCUCAGCCGUUCGAGGAUGCUCCGCAGUCGCCCAGUCCGCCAACUAUUAUCAGGAUUGAUCAACCAGGCCGAACGCACCCUGAUUCACACAGCCAACCAGUGAUCAUAACUCCACCAGGACGGCAUCCAAGGAGCCCCACCUCCCAGCUGGAACAUGAACUGCGUUAUGCUGAUGAUGGGUACGUUCCGACUCUACCAUCCCAAGGUGCACGGUCGCAUCAUCGGACACCUGUAAUGGAAGACGAUGCCGGACGGUCACCCCGUCGAACGCCUGAUGACGAUAGACCCUCGCGUCGUCGGACCCCGCCUGCAAGGGAAGACGACGAUGGUGAUGACGACGACGAACGGCAUCGUCGGGCACCGUCUGCAAGGGAAGAUGAUGCGAGGCGCCCACAUUAUCGAACGCCUGAAGACGACGACAGACGCACACACCACCGAUUGCCUGACGACGAUGGACCCUCGCGUCGUCGGUCCCCGUCUGCAAGGGAAGACGACGAUGGUGAUGACGACGGCGAACGGCAUCGUCGGACACCGUCUGCAAGGGCAGAUGAUGCGGGGCGCCCACAUUAUCGAACGCGUGAAGACGACGACAGACGCACACGCCACCGAUUGUCUGACGACGAUGGACCCUCGCGUCGUCGGUCCCCGUCUGCAAGGGAAGACGACGAUGGUGAUGACGACGACGAACGGCAUCGUCGGACACCGUCUGCAAGGGAAGAUGAUGCGAGGCGCCUACAUUAUCGAACGCGUGAAGACGACGACAGACGCACACGCCACCGAUUGCCUGACGACGAUGCUAGAUGGUCCCGUCGAGCACCUUCCACAGUGGCUGACGAAGCUGACCCGCGUGGAGAUCGCGGUGCUUCACGUGUUCCAUCCCGCGCAGGAUCCCGCGCGGCAGGUGUGUCACCCGUUGUACCGGAGGAGGAUGAUGGCCGCCCGCCGAGCCAGAUAGUCCAUGUCCCCCCACCUCACUCUCCUACUCAUGUGCACUUUGACCCAGCGACUACCGAGUUUGACGAUGCCCUUCACCAGCGGCACGAACGACUGGACGAAGCAGAGCGUGAACUUACCCAGGUUGUUCAUGAUGCUCGUGAAGCUGAAGACCGUCGUGAAGAUGAGUUCCGACACAACGAAGACGCACGAGAGCAAGUCUUUGUCCAAAACGAGGAUCGUCGUGAGGCCGAGGCAAGAGAGCGCAGUGAUGCACUAUUCGCUCAGCUGGAAGAGAGAGCACACAGCGUACCUCCUCUACCAGUCCGUCCUCCUGGAUCUGUGGACCCAGACAAUGUUUCCAUCAUCGAAUCGAUUCAUGCCGCUUCUCAUGAGGCGGCUUCUCGCCAUGCCUCUGAAAUUUUGGACACAGUUAGACUUGAACGUGAGCAGUUUGAGCGCGAAAGAGAGUCUAUUGCUACCGAGAGGGAGCGGGAACAUGCUGAAUUCGCUGCCGAGCGUGCUCGCAUGGAGGAAGAGCGUGAACGAAGGGUUCAAGAGCUAGAAGAAGAACUUGCACGCGUUCGUGGGGAGCUUGAUGGUGAAAGGCAGCUCCGACAGACCGAGAACGAGGAACAGGCGGCUGCCAGCGAACGUGAUGAGGCCAUGCGCGCACAAUUGGGCGAUAUCACACAGCUGGUUUCGGAGCAACGAGAUGAGUGCACCAGGAAGAGGGAGCUUAUGGAUCAACGAUGGGAUGAGAAGCAGGGCAGGCGUGCUGAGAAAGAUGCGCAGUUCCGUGAACUGAAGGAUAUGGUCUCCAGGCUCAUGCAAGACCGCGAGGCUGAUCGAAUUCAAGAGGAGGAGCGGAGACUUCAGGACGAGGGCAAACCAGACAUUCAAGCUGUUAUCGAUCAGCUCACCCACCAAAAUAUCGAAAUGCGGGAGGCGCUCCACAUUCUUUCUGAAAACUGGCGGGUUGAAGGUGAACGGCGGCAUCAAGACACCCUCGACGCUGUCCGUGCUACUGCCCGAGAGCAAGUUCCAUUCAAUGUGCAAGUGUAUCUUGAUGAAUUUAGCAAAGCACUUGCGACUGAGGUUCGCAUGCUCCUGGGAGAAGUUGGCAAACUUCGUGAAGAACGUCGUAACAUCCAACAUGAAGUUGGAUAUCUAAUAAUGACUAGAGCCAAAUACAACCCAGGAGGGGAGUUUGAUCCUGAAUGGAAACCACCGCCGAUACUUGGUCCUGGUGGGCCCGAUGCGCCACCACCACCCGAGGCACCUCCCCCGCCUCCUGAAGAGCAUGGGCCUGUUCGUCCAGCGUGGCGCACCAUUCCACGCAGCACGAGGCGCAUUCGCAAGUCGCGUCCCGACCAACCACCCCCUGAGCCUGCUCCUGCACCUAUGAGGCAGCCUGUACAUUCUUGGGUCGCCUGGCGACCGGAUCCUGCUAUGGCACCUACGCCGCCGUCGAUUGAGCCUAACCUGAUAGUGCCUGACCAAGGCAGCCCCGGUCUGUUUGGACCUCGCUCGCCCCGCGGCUCAUACCACCGUUAA